GAAAAGACACGCCGUACAGAAUGGUAUUUCAAAUACAUUGGUUGCGUGGUGCUGUGAACAGGACUAAAGAAGCAAAAGAGGUAAGGGACAAUGCAGAUAGCGUGAGCGAGUACAGCAAAAACAUAGAUAACAACACUGCAGCAUCCAACGUGCAACGAGAGAGUGCGUAUUGUCAAUUAUUCAACCAACUUCUUGCGCGACUUCUCCCUUCGGAGUAGUGACUUCUUCAGCGACUUCUGGAGCGGACGCCGGCGUUCGGCUUCAAACAUAGGCCGUAUGACCGGGCAUAUAUGAACAAUGGCCGCGAGGUAGAUGUCGCGGAGGUCUGGGUAACCAGGGGCUCCUAGCUUCCAU